CCAGUCAUGGGUGGACAUAUAUAAUACCCACAUACAGUUUUAGUAGGACACCUUUCACCCUAAUACUACAUUGCCCGAUAAGCUAAGGAAUUGCUCAUGCCAUAUGUGUGUGUGUUCCCAGCAGCCAGUGAAGGAGGUGCUUCCUCUGCCACACCACUCUGACCCCAGCCAACACCAUGUGUCCUCUUCCUUGGUGACUCCAGCUGCCGCUCUAAAGAAACACAGCACAAGCUCCAUCCAGCAUGUGCAGCUGGCCUCCUCAGUGGUGACGUCAUUCAGUCACCUGAAGCCUCCAGAGAAGGACACCACCGUGCUGGCUCAUAUGAAGCCGAUCAAGUCCCUGAGACAGGCUGGUUUCACUGCUGUCUUCACCGGAAAAGCGAACGUCACGAAGCCUGAGAGUGAGGUGAAGGUCCCGAUCAUUGAUGUGAUCCUGGCAGACGUUGACUCUCUGGUGCCCACUCAUGACGAAGGCGGACAGCCCAUAACAGAGUGGAAACGCCAGGUGAUGGUGCGGCAGCUGCAGGUCCGGCUGCAGGAUGAGGAAGAACACUCCUCCCUCCAGGGCAUGACUGAUGAAUACACACAUGGGGACGGCUGGAAGUACUCCCAAAACCACAACACUGUCCUGGGACCUUUCGGUGAGCUGCUAACUGAGGAUGACCUGGUAUACCUGCAGCAACAGAUUGAGAAUAUGUCAGUGCAGAAGCGACGUCAGGCCUACGAACUGGAGCUGAGCAGGCUGACCGAGGAGCUGAGGGCCAUCUUACCUGAUCCGCUUUUCAACAUAAGCCUUAACAAAGAGAUGGUACAGCAGAUGGAGUCAGAGGGACGAUGGACUUUACCGAAGUGGUGCCGUCUUGUGUCAGAGAUCGUCAAGAAUGUGUCGCUGCUCAUGACCAAUCUGACCCGAGACACAGAAGAAGAUACGGAGAAGAGCACGGUGGAUGAAAUGACCAAUGGCUUUUUAGAAGCUGCAAAUAACAUAGGAAUUGGUCCAGGCCAGGUUCUGAUGCAAGAAGGCCAGAAGAUGGCUCCAACACAUGGGGAGACAUCGAGUAGUUACAAGAUAGGGAACAUAGAGAUGGAGGCACCAUGUGGCCUUCCUCUGGACACCAGCUGCUUCAGCAGAUCCCAGAGGGAAAAGGUGUCAAGGGAGAUCCAGCAGUCUGGGGUGUCGGUCAGAAACCUCAGAUCCAACUUUGAGGCACAGAUCGGAUGUAUUUAUCCCUUUGCUGGGAUGGUGAACAACACACAUGACCGUGUCAACGUGCAGAGUUUAAACCGUGAGAUAACAGUGAGAGCUCCUGCAGAAAACAACCAGAGCGACAACACAGCCUCUGAUUUGCAAGUGCACCCCUGUGAAGCUACUAAACAUCUGGGAUCAGUCAUGGAAACCACCAGAUUAAGGAAAGAGCGUAUAGUCAUCCUGUUCCUCAGCCACUGGAAGAAGUCUGCAUAUGCUGCUUCACUGAGAGCAGGGAGGCUGAGAAGCAACCAGGAGGCUCUUCAAGCAGCGCAGCAUCCUCACCAGAAGACCACCUCCAUGCCUCACGUCUGCCGACAAAGAGGUGCUGUGGACAAGAUGCUCCACUCCUGGAAGAACAAACUAGCCCCCAAAGAUGCGAAAAGUCCUUCAGUGACCUACUCGCCAGAACAAUUCCUGCAAGAUGUGAACGGUGCAGCAAUGACACAUGAUAGCUUGACCCUUGACCUAUUCAUGCUGGGAUACUUCCACAUAUUAGAGCAAAAACUGUCGCCCGAGGAGAGGAAAAUGAGGCAUCUCCUCUGCUUUGAAGUCUUUGACCAUGUAGGGAGCUUCCCGUGGGAAAUGGUCCGUGACUUCCACAAGGCUGUUCUGCAGGAAAUCCAGGCUGGGAAGAGACAGUGGAACGACGGCUUUGAAGACAUCAAAGCUCGCUUCUUUGGCAGCUCAACACUAUGCCGCCGUUCAUCAUCAUCAUUCUUGUUGCCAGACAUCAGGCUAGUACCAAAGGUUAUAGUUCAGCCCGACACGCCACAGGAUGGCGACAGUGACAAAAACAUCUCCUGCGCCAGCAGUGACGAUAUCUGUAAAUAUAUCGACCGGAGCUUUGCUUUCUGGAAACAGAAGGAGAAAGAACUGUUUGAUUUUAAACAUUAG